AUGGUGUUCGCGCAUUCACUACAUGGUCGGAUCAGAGCAGUAAAAGAUGCUAGCGAUAGUGGCUCCCACACUGACUCGGGUUCUGAUAUGGGUGCUCCCGGUGAUGCUAGACACUCUUCUCUACUUGGCCAAAGCGAAGAAAGCUCCCACCACGACAGUGACGAUGAGGACCACCAAGAGGAAGAGUCCGAGUCAGAGAAUUCGAGUCAAGCUCCGGGGAACGAAGCUGCUUCCAUAUCUUUCGGCGCCUUAGCGAAAGCACACGCUUCAUUCGGCAAGCGAAAGCGAGGCAAUGAUGACGAUGGCUAUGGAGACGCCCAAGAAUCCGCUGGAAAGACUCAAGUACCUCGCGAAUUCGUUAAUGAUGAAGCACUGGAGCGCAAAGCCGGGAAAAAAGAUACCCGCGACUUCUCACGCACUUCCAAGCACGCCCCUGCAGAGCUCUCCUCCAAAAAGGCCGUCUCUCGCAGACGAGAAGUCGUGCCAACGCAAAAAAUAAAUCAUCGUGACCCGCGCUUCGAGCCCCUCAGUGGGGCUGUCGACGAACAAAAAACCCAGAGAAAUUACUCCUUCUUGGAUACAUACCGCGACUCCGAAAUGUCAGAGCUCAGAUCAGCCAUUCGCAAAGUCAAAGACAGUGAGGCCAAGGAGAAACUCAAGCGCGCCCUUCUUAGCAUGGAGUCUCGCAAGAAGGCCCAGGGGAUGAAAGAGCAGCAACAGGGGGUGUUGAGAAAGCAUAGAAGGGAGGAGAAGGAGAAGAUUGAGCAAGGGAAGAGACCGUUCUACUUGAAGAAGGCCGACCAGAAAAAGAUGGCACUGGUUGAGAGAUUCGAGGGCAUGAAGGACAAGCAAGUUGACAAGACUAUUGAGAGAAGGCGGAAGAAAAAGGCUGCUAAGGAGAGGAAGGGAAUGCCAGAUGCGAGAAGGGGUUGA